AUGAAAGAAGAAAGCCAGAAUGCAAGCGAAGAAAAUGAAACUGAUAUCCCAGACCGUAAAGAUAGAUCAAAAAAACCAAAGCUGGCUACAUAUUGUACUUGUCUUGUAUUAAAUGAUUUGGGUAAAAAUUGUGAUGCACAAUUAAAAAUUGUAGGUGA